AUGGGCGGUGGAGACGUCUCAGCUACCAAACUUCGAGAUCACUUCAUCUUCAAGAAGGCCGACGACUUCUUCCAGGAUGAGAUUGAUGGUCAGGGCUCUGGCGUAAAGCAGCCCAAGUCGGUGUCGUACAGCGAUGCCGACCAAAAGCUCCCUGACGGCAAGCUCAACCCAGCGUGUAGCCAUGGAAGAAUCUUCAGAUUCAAUGAUGGAUCUCUGCUUCUUGUUCAGUUCUUGAGGCCAAGAGUAUGGAGAAUUCGCUUUGAUCCGCAUAACACAGAGCCAUCUCACUUUUCGGACUACAACACCCGUACUCUCAUCCGAAAUACCACGACCGAGCUGAUCAGCAUCUUGGACAAGUGCGAAGAGCUCGCAUGGCAGGUUGAGCUGAUUGAAGAUGACCAAUACUACAUUUUGCAGUCGGUCGUUCAGCGGACCCCCAAUGCACCCCCUGAGAAGGAGGUUCAGCUUUGGAUUUCUCGCAAUCCUUUCCAGAUCACCGCAGUUCGUCUUUUGAAGAGCCUUGCUCCCGCUGAGGCGAGACCUGUGCCGCAGACGUUCGAGAAGGAUGUCGUCGAAAGCCUCACUCUUCCUGUGAACGAAGGUUUCCGCCCUGCUGUGAUCUGGAAGACCAAGCCAAGGGGUUUGCUUUAUGGCGAGCACUCUGCUAUCUUGUGCCUGGACAAGUCCAUUACGGCUGAUUAUAUGGGCUUUGGCGAGCAAGGUGGCAAAGACCUCUUCAAGAAAAAGACGUACAUGAACUACUUCAACUUUGACAAUAUGAGGUACCAGAACGUCUACGGCGUCGGUCCCUUGGAUGAUCGUGAGCCUCUCUAUCACUCGGAACCGUACUGGAUUGAGGUGGACGCCCAACCGGGUUAUCAAACCCAGAUCGGAACCUUCAUCGACAACUACUCCCAGAUCUGUGUGGACAUUGGCAUGAAGGACCCAACUCAGCUUCGUGUGGCGACGCGUUUCAAUAGUUUCCAGGGCAUCUUCUUCGCCGGAGACAGCAUUCAGGAAGUCAUUCAGCUAUACACCUCUGUCGUCGGCAAGCCGAAGCUCAAGCCCCGAUACGUCCUAGGUUAUCAUCAGGGGUGUUACGGCUAUGAUACGCAAGAGAUGGUCCUGGACGCUGUCCAUCGAUACCGACAGGCCAACUUCCCGAUUGAUGGUAUGCAUAUUGAUGUCGAUAUGCAGGAUGACUACCGCACCUUCACCAUCGACAAGCGUCCGGGUCACUUCCCCAACCCGGAGUGGAUGUUUUCUGAGCUGCGCAGGCUCGGUGUCAAGUGCAGCACCAACAUCACGCCAUACAUCAGCAAUGUUCCCUCUAGCUCGUACAACACGUUGAAUGAAGGCCUCGAGAACCAAUACUUCCUCAAGGAUGAGCGAGAGCUGGAUCCUUCAGCCCCUGGCGCUCUCGAGCAGCGGUACAUUCAGUACGGCACCAGCAACCUUUACUUCACCAAUCCCAACACGGACAAGCCUGACUACUGGGAUGGAGAUGACUACACCUUCUCCAACAGCUUUAACAAGAGUGUCCCCUUCCAUGGCGGCGUCUACUACGGCUGGAAGAAUGGCCACCCUGGACACUACCCCAACUUGAACAACAAGGCCGUCCGCUACUGGUGGGGCAAGCAGUACGAGUAUCUCUUCGAAACCGGCCUGGACUUUGUCUGGCAGGACAUGACUCAGCCCUGCAUCGCCGAGCAGUAUGGUGAUAUGAAGUCCUUGCCCUUCCGCUUGCUCUUGGAUUCCGAUGGGUGGUCCGGCGACCCCAAAGCCGCCGACAAGAAGAAGGCCAUUGAGAUCUGGUCUUUGUACAGCUACAACCUGCACAAGGCCACUUAUCACGGCCUCAACCACUUGCACAUGAAGACCAAGGACAAGAAGAACGACAAGCUCGCGUGGCGCGAGAACCGACGCAACUUCAUCAUCGGACGCGGCAGCUUCGCCGGUAGCCACCGCUUCGCUGGGCUCUGGACUGGUGACAACUCGUCGACCUGGGAGUUCCUCCGCAUCUCUGUUGCGCAGGUCCUCGCUCUGGGACUGUCCGGCGUCACCAUCUCUGGUGCUGAUGUCGGUGGAUUCGAGUUCAUCGAGUCUGAGAGAAACUACCCCAACCCAGAGCUGAUUAUUCGCUGGUACGGGGCCUACUCCCUUUUGCCCUGGUUCCGAAACCACUACACGAGGUUCCGAACCUGGAUCGACGGCCCUAACCAGGGCAAGAUGAGAAAGGACGGCAAGUGGUUCCAGGAGCCGUACGCCUAUCAGCUGCACUACGAGCAACACAAGGAUCAGUUCCAGGGUCGUGAGGCCGAGAUUUACCGAGCUGUGUUGCCGACUUGCCGGUACUUGAUCCGUCUUCGUUACUCGCUCAUGCAACUGCUCUACGAUGCCAUGUUUGAGAACAUGAUCAACGGUCUGCCGAUUGCCAGGGCCAUGCCCGUCACCGACCAUCUCGACCGCUCUCUUUUCAGCGCCGAUAACCGUCGCUUCACCAGUUCCCAGUAUAUGGUCCGAAAGGAUCUCCUGGUCGCCCCUGCUCUCGUCGGGGAGGAUGGGCGCAAGAAGAAGUCCAGAAAGGUCUACCUGCCGUACCCCGACUCCUGGUACCCCUUGAACCUGCGACCUGACGACCCUCUCGGCGUUCCUCUUGGUCCCGCUGCCUCUGGUGGUCAACGCAUCGAGUACGACUGCCGAAUCUCCGACGACGAGCGCCAACUCCCGUACUCGACUCCCAUGUAUGUCCGUGAAGGCGCCAUCAUCCCCAAGGUCGGCGUCAGGGACUACGUUGCCGAUCCCAGCACGACCCCUCAAAACGCCAACCCCAUCACCGUCCACGUCUACCCCGGAAAGGACAACAUCUACGACAUGUAUCUCGACGACGGAAUCUCCAGGGACAGCGCGCCAAAGAACUCUACAUUGGAGACCGCCGUUGGCGCGCGUCCUUGGUACGGCGAGGCACACCACUACGACGGUCUCGCUGAUGCCCAGGCUAACGACAACUACACAAAGGUCCAGAUCAAGCAGUUCACCCAAAAGAGACUCUCCGACCAAGAGGACUUCGGAAAGUACACCCGCAGACUCACAGCCAACGCGCCCCAUAACAAGUUCGGCGCCGAGGCGUCCAAGUACAUUGGCACAGACUACACCUUUGUCUUUUGGCACCGCGGAGAGAGCAACCUGGACUCCAUCAAGGUCAACGUCACGGGCGCGGACCUCCACUACAACGUCAACCACGGCGUCAGAGCGACCAUUGUUACUGUUCCCAUUUCCGCGGUUCACUCGGAGAAGGGAGUCGAGAUCACGUUGGAGUUUGACGGGGACUAUUAA